AUGAUCAACAUGUUGACUCGCCUUGGCCUUUGGCAUAAAAUCGAAGAACGAGGUGGAUUAGAGGCAGACCUCAUUGGACUUGACCUGUCAAUUUGCCAACGACAGCUCAUGAGUAUUGCCAGAGCGGUGAUUCAUCAUAUCCAUACCGAUUCAAAGCUUGCUCUAAUGGAUGAGAUCACAAGCCACAUGGAUAGCGACACUGCUCGCUUAGCGCAGAAUCUUAUUGACGAAGUCUUUAAAGAUUGCACCGUGAUUGCGGUUGCGCAUCGCGAGGAGUCUUUGCCAACAUGGAUGCCAUACUUCGUCUGGACGCUAGUAAGAUGGUAUCUUUUGCUGAAACCGCAACGCUCGCAUCUGCGUCUGCAUUAG